UUAAUCUAAACAAGAUUGCAAAAAAUCCAGCCUAUGUUUGCGACUAUAAAAGCCGAUUGAAAACGAUUAAGCUUAGUUAAACGGUUUGAGCAAGACGAAUAAUGAAGACUUUUGCAAUUGUUCUACUUUGCUUAACCGCAGUAUUUGCACUUCCUUUGGAAAAAAGCGUUAAAGACGAUGAACCUUCUGAAGAGGGUUGGUUUGUGCCUCAACUUGAUGGAUCAUUCAAAUGGAUGACAAUGGAGGAUGCGGAAAUGGAGGUUCGACGUGAAGAAAGAGGACGGAAAGCUAAGCCACUUAAUGUUGAAUUUUACCUGUACACCCGCGACAAUCCUGAUAAGCCAGACAAAAUCUUCUUAAACGAUGUUGAGAGUUUGAAGAAAUCCCACUUCAAUAAGAAAUAUCCAACAAGAUUUAUCAUCCAUGGUUGGCAGAACAGCUACAAAUCUGAUGUGAACGUAGAAAUCCGUGAGGCGCUCCUAGAAACUGGUGAAUUCAAUGUCAUCUCCGUUAACUGGAGUAAGAAGGCCGGCAAGCUAAUUUAUUCAACCUCAGCUAGCUAUGUCCCAGAUGUUGGUGAAAUUGUUGCCCAGAUGGUCGACUUCCUUGUGGCCAAGGGAGGUAUGUCAAUUAAAACACUUAACCUCAUCGGACACAGUUUGGGUGCUCAUGCAGCUGGAUAUGCUGGCAAGAAUAUAUCCAAAGGCAAAGUACCUGUAAUAAUCGGUCUUGAUCCUGCACUGCCACUCUUCAAACUUAAUGAUUGUGAAAAACGUUUGUGUGAAACGGACGCCUCGUAUGUGGAAUCAAUUCAAACAAAUGGAGGUCUAUUGGGAUUCUUGGAGCCGAUUGGUAAAGCUGCGUUCUAUCCAAAUGGUGGUAAAUCACAGCCUGGAUGUGGUCUUGAUAUGACAGGAACUUGUUCGCACUCUCGAUCAUACAUUUACUAUGCUGAAGCCAUAAGGGAGGAUUAUUUCACAAGUUUGAAAUGUGAAGAUUGGACGAAUGCUGUUAAGAAGGAUUGUGAAGAAAAUGCUGGAAUAGCGAAAUUGGGUAACCCAAGGAACUUUAAGUACGCAUCUGGAACAUAUUUGACUCCUGUAAAUAAGAAAUCACCAUACGGGAUGAAUUGAGUUGCAUUGUUGUAUAGCAUAUUUGUCUGUGAUAUACCUACAUGGAUGAUAUAGAUAUGCUUUAGAUUAAAGAUUUUGAAAAUAGUUUUAAGAUAGGAUGUUUUGAAAAAAAUUGUUUUAAAUUUUUCUCAAUAAAAAACCUUCA